UCGUUGCGUCGUCCCUUUUCCGAAGUUUGCGGAAACAUGGCGGGUCUGGAGCUGCUGUCUGACCAGGGUUACCGAUUAGAUGGAAGAAAAGCGUCCGAGCUGCGGAAGGUUCAGGCCCGCAUGGGUGUGUUCGCUCAGGCGGACGGCUCUGCGUAUUUAGAGCAGGGGAACACGAAAGCUCUGGCUGUGGUGUACGGCCCGCAUGAAAUCCGAGGUUCACGCAGUCGGGCUCUCCACGAUCGAGCUGUUAUCAACUGUCAGUACAGCAUGGCCACAUUCAGCACAGCAGAGAGGAAGAGGAGACCACACGGGGACCGCAAGUCCACUGAGAUGAGCCUCCACCUGAAACAGACCUUUGAAGCUGCUGUGAUGACGCAGCUCUUCCCGCGCUCUCAAAUAGACAUCUAUGUCAAGAUUCUGCAGUCAGAUGGCGGGAACUACAGUGUGUGUGUCAAUGCUGCAACCCUGGCAGUGAUUGAUGCCGGCAUCCCCAUGAGAGACUACGUGUGCGCGUGCACCGUCGGGUUCGUGGACGAGACGCCCCUCGCUGAUCUUUGCUACGCCGAGGAAAGUGGACGAGUGAGCUCUCUGGCCUUAGCGCUGCUGCCGCGGGGGGGACAGAUCGCUCUGCUGCAGAUGGACGCCAGGUUACAUCAGGACCACCUCGAGACUCUGAUCGAAGCUGCUAUGACGGCGUGUAAGGGUGUGAGCAAGGUGCUGGAUGAGGUGGUGCGCCAGCAUCUCCAAGAAGCGUCCGUGCUCACUGGAGAGUGAGGCAGGGAGGAGUGGCAACAUCUGGACUGUGUUUGUGAGCUGCCUGACAAGCACUGCUGGUUUGGCCUGUGAACAGAGGAGACUAUUGUGCUUUUAUGCGUUUAUAGCAAAUACUGUAUAUUUCUGUAUCUAUGUGGUGAAGCUAACAAUAAAAAUAUGGACUUGA